UUUCUCAGUUCACAAAUGGAUAUUUAUGAGGGAGGUUUAAUAUCUGAAACUCCACACAUUGACAUGGAUGUACGGAAAGGUCCAUGGACCGAAGAAGAAGACUUCAUGCUCAAAUCACAUGUCUAUAUUCACGGCGAAGGUCGCUGGAAUUCAGUUGCUAGUUUAUCAGGAUUAAAAAGAAGCGGCAAAAGCUGCAGAUUGAGAUGGAUGAACUAUUUGCGACCGGAACUGAGACGUGGGAACAUUACUCUCCAAGAGCAGCUACUGAUACUUCAACUCCAUUCUCGAUGGGGCAACAGAUGGUCCAAAAUCGCACAACAACUGCCUGGAAGGACCGACAAUGAGAUUAAGAACUAUUGGAGAACAAGAGUCCAGAAACUGGCGAAGCAGCUUAAAUGUGAAGUUAACAGCAAACAGUUCAGGGACGCCAUGCGUUCCGUUUGGAUUCCCCGUCUAAUUGAACGAAUCUGUGCUUCAUCCCAACCCCCCUCAGUUCAACCUUACACCACCACCGCAACUUGCAUGGAUAGUAUCAGCAGCACCAGCACCUGUCAAAUCAUCAGCCAUGCAGAUACAACAAUCGGGCCGGUCCAAGUUGACCCGAGUAUCUUGCCCGAGUUAUCAGGCACUUCAUCAGACUCCCAGGAUGCCCAAGUCUCUUCCGUUUCAGACCUGGCAUAUUGUUGCAAUCCACUGAGCGUUUCAGACUAUGCUUACAACUUAGAAAAGGGGUCGGGUUUAUGGUCCGAAUAUUUAGCGGGCACAUGGAAUAUAGAUGAUUGGGUUGGAUUAGAGGCGACAGAUGUGGAGAUUCGAUGACGAGUGUGUGGAAUGAAGAGAAUAUUUGGUUCUUAAGACAGCAGCUUUAUGAUGACGAUAAUACGAAUAAGUUCAGUGACGCAUAAGGUUUUAUAUAUUA